AUGUCUAGUGAUGAACAGUCCGAUAAAGAGUGCCCUUUAUGCAUGGAAGCACUCGAAAUCGAUGAUAUCAAUUUCUAUCCGUGCAAAUGUGAAUAUCAAAUAUGUAGAUUCUGUUGGCAUCGACUGCGAACUGAUGAGAAUGGAUUAUGCCCAGCAUGUAGGCAACCAUAUCCAGAGGAUCCUGUCAACUUUAAACCUCUGACUGCUUCAGAUGUUCAGAAGAUGAAAACAGAAAAGCGACAAAAACAGCAGCUGCAAAAAAUCAAGAUAUGCGAAUCUAGGAAACAUCUUUCCUCAUACAGGGUGCUACAAAAGAAUCUUGUGUAUGUAGUGGGUUUGUCGGCAAGAGUUGCAGAUCCAGAAAUUUUAAAGAAACCUGAAUAUUUUGGAAAAUAUGGCCGCAUACUGAAGGUUGCUGUGGGAUCUUCACCAUCACUGAGCGGUCCACAGUCGGCAUCGUUCACAGCUUAUGUAACUUAUGCAAGAUAUGAAGACGCACUUAGAGCUAUACAGGCUGUUAAUAAUGCACAGUUAGAUGGACGUAUUGUGAAGGCAUCACUUGGAACGACAAAAUAUUGUACAAAUUUCCUUCGCAGUCAGCCAUGUUACAAACCGGAAUGUAUGUAUUUGCAUGAUGUGGCAGAUACAGAAGUCAGUUUUACCAAAGAUGAUAUGCAUCUCGGACGGCAUGCGGAAUACGAAAAACGAUUGAUUGAAUCAACUCUCAGGGAGAAAAGUCAAUGUGGAAGGACUGCGUUUAUGACAAAUACGGGUGGAAAAACAUCAAAAAAUGAAAGCGCGGAGCGUAGUGCAGAGUUUUGCUCAGUACCGAUGCAGAAUUGUCAGGACAAAGGGAAAUUUUCACAAAGCAGAUCACCAUCAGCUGAUAAAAAUAUGAAGAUAAACCAAAUAAAUGGAGAAGUAGUUGCAAAUCAGCAUUGUUCUGUGACGAAUAAUAAACUGAUUAGUGAGAAUAAAGGUGCUGAUAAAGAGAAUGAAGUUCGAUCUCAGCUUGAGAAAACUUUGGGAAGAACAAAUGAUGCACCAUCGUCAGUGGUGCUUGAACAGCAAGCAGUGAUACCUUCAGCAAAAGUUAAUGAAGGGAUUGGUUCAAGGCAAGUUUUGUGGAGCACUGAUGGAGAAAUAACAUCUAAAAAGCUGGGUAUCAAAGAUAUGGGUUUACAUAGAUCUCGGUUGUCAGAAUGGAUUUCAUCUAGUCAGAGUGUUGUGCCACUCACUGCUACCACAUGUGCUUCGAUAGAGAAAAUGUUCUUAAGUGAGAAAGUGGAUGUGAGCAAUGCAAAAGCGGUGCAGAACACCAAUAGUACACAAUCGACAACUGAAACUGCAUCAUGUGAUUGGCAACGUGCUCUAGGAAUAUGUAGCAAAGUUGAUAAUUUGACAGCAGAGAAUGCGACCACUGAUUUUCCGACAGCAUUUUCUAGCUCACAGACUAGAAUGUUGCCGAAAAGCACACGUCUCAGUGUACAUAGUGACGAUGAUUUAGGCUUUGAUCCUAUUUCGGAGUCGGCAAAAGGUCUAGCAGAUUUGCUGGAGGAAGAGAAAACGAUUUUGCCGCAGUGCUCAACACAGAACGUUAGAGGAAUGACAUCUGUAUCAUCAUCGCUGAUGUCACUGGGUCUGCAGUGUGGUUGGCCUUCAAUGGGUAUUUCGAAUGGCGCUUCCCCGAUGUCGAUGAGAAAUGCGCUUGGAACAGAUGUUAAUUUAACAACAACGGCGACGAAUAAUUUCACAAAUGUCGAUUGUUUUUCGCAGCCAGUAAAACUUUCGUCGCAAAUCCCUCAGACAUUCAGCCAACAACUGUCAUCUGCAUUUCACACUAAUCAAUAUUCGCCACAUCCGCAUUUCCCACCUUCAAAACCCCAGAUAGCUCGAGUCAACAAUUUCGUGAAUCCAUGCGCUAAUUUAGCCUUCAAUUCAGCACAGCCACAUCGAUGUCCUUCCUUCAGCAGUAACACACAGUAUAAUUCAAACGUUUCUCUGGCUGCAACAAACCAGAUUGAUGGCACAAAGCUUCAAGAAUGGCAAGAAGGUUUUCGGGCGCUGUUACCGAAUGUAAAUGUUCGCUUUGUACCCGAUCUUAGUGCUGCAGGUUACCCACCUAGUCGAACAUCACCUAUGGAAAUGCAACGCACCACCAAUCAAUUUUCGUCCACUCUAAAUUAUGAUCAAUCGAUGCCGAUGUCGGCACAACUCUUAAACCCAAUGGCGUCACCCGCUCCGCCACCGGUACCAUCCAUAAAUUCCUAUUCUCAUCCACAACAGUGGAUGAUGCCUCCACCCGGUUUUUCAUACGUUUCCAAGCGAUGA